AUGUUAUGUUACUUCUCACUAAAUGGGAAUAAUUCCUCAUGUUCAUCUUACAAUAUAAUAUCAUGUGUCUGGAUUUGUCUCUGCAGGUUGUGGAAUUGUGAUGUGACUUCUUCUGGCUGGGAUGAUCUUCAAUCCAUUCUUAUCACUAACAGAUUCCUCAUUACACUGGAUUUAUCACGGAAUAAGCUGGGAGACUCUGGAAUAAAACUUCUAUGUGAGGGGCUCAGAGAUCCUCGCUGUACUCUGCAGGAUCUGAGGGUGGAUGGAUGUGGUGUGACUUCCUCCGGCUGUGAUGAUCUUGGAUCCAUUCUUAUUACAAACCGAUUCCUCACCAGACUGAAUUUAUCACGGAAUAAUCUGGGAGACUCUGGAAUAAAACUUCUAUGUGAGGGGCUCAAACAUCCUGACUGCACUCUGCAGAGUCUGAGGUUGUGGGAAUGUGAUGUGACUUCCUCCGGCUGUGAUGAUCUCCGAUCCAUUCUUAUCAAUAAUCGAUCCCUCAUCAGACUGAAUUUAUCACAUAAUAAGCUGGGAGACUCUGGAAUAAAACUUAUAUGUAGGGGGCUCAGAGAUCCUCGCUGUACUCUGCAGGAUCUGAGAGUUUGUGCCUGUGAUGUGACAUUCUCAAGCUAUAAUGAUCUUUGCUUCAUUAUCUCCGAAAACCAAACUCUGACCAGACUGGAGAUAUCAUUGUAUGGGGAGGAUGAUGAUGAUGAUGAUGAUGAUGAAGAUGAUGAAGAUAAUGAUGAGAUGUUGGAGCCAAAAUGGGAUUAUUGUUGUCAUGUCCUCCAGAAUGUCGGCUUCUAUGUGGAUAGAUGGGAAGAUCUGUUACGUCGGAGAGAUGAAGGCUGCGAUAUAUAUUUACGUAGAAGAAGAUUAGAAAAUGGUCGGUGGGAAUUCCUCCCCCCCUUCUCAGGUGACGAUGAUGAUGAUGAGGGAUGGUGAUGGUGAUGAUGAAGAUUCUACUGCCUGAUGUCAUCUUAUUGUAUUUAUUACUAAAAAAAUAAAAAUGAGAUUUUUGGAUCUUCA